CUCACUUUGUUGUUUACAUUUUGUGAUAAUGUGCUGUUACACGUCUGCAAUAAAUUCAUGAUUUUCACUAUUUCUCGGCCGGGAAAAUGCCCCUGAUUAUUCUUUCUGGCAUCCCAAGUAGUGGGAAAACCACGCGAGCGCAGCAGUUGGAGAAAUUCUUCAGGGAAGAGAAGAAUCUCACGGUGCACGUUGUGUCUGAAAACAAGUGCUGCCGGAAGCAUAAUUUCCUCAAGAACGACCUAUUUUCCGACUCGCAGAAGGAAAAGAUCAUUCGUGCGUCUCUGAAAUCGGAAGUGGGUCGCCUGCAGAACACCAAGGAUGUGGUGAUCUUGGACGCAAGCAACUACAUCAAGGGCUAUCGCUAUGAACUGUAUUGCCAGGCGAAGGGUGGCCGCGUGACUCAAUGCACAAUCCUGUGCAAUCUGCCGGUGGUGCAGGCGAAGGCAUUCAAUCAGCAGCGGCCAGUGGUGUCGGAGGAGCUUCCUGACUCUUCAGAGCCCAGCGACAAUUCCGAUGUUCAGUACACGGAGGCCGUCUUCGAUGCACUUUGCCAGAGAUUUGAGGAGCCUCAGGGCACCAGUCGUUGGGAUGCGCCGCUCUUCGUCACUCUGCCGGAUCAGGAGUUGGAUUUCAGUGGAAUCUACCAGGUGCUGUUCGAAAAUAAACUCCCCACGCCCAAUCAAUCGACACAGAACGCACCCGUUUGCCCGGCAAACUACCUCUGUGAAUUGGACCAGAUAAGUCGAGGGAUCGUCAUGGAAAUUGUGGCGGCGAGAAAACACAAUCCGGGCAUUAUAUCAAUUGCGCAGCACCAGAAGGGCGCUACGCCACUCACCGUGAACAUCCCCGCGGAAAUCGGAGUGGCUCAAUUGCGACGGCUUCGCCAAAUGUUCCUCAACUACAUAAAAGUUCAACCGACGCCCCCGUCUUUGGAUUCCCUGCCACAACUCUUUGUUCGCUACAUUAACUCCAAUUACGGCGAUAGUUAA